ACAGCUGCUGUCUCCUAGAGCCCAGCCUUCCUGUGUCACCACCUCGCGGGACCCAGGGGAGGCAGGGAAAGGGCUGAGGGAGAAUGAGGAGGAGGAGAACACACUCUGGUGCUGGAGGAGGAAACAGGCGCAGGCCUGGGCAGCACUGCAGUUCCACCGAGAGCUGGAUUGAAAGAUGUCUCAAUGAAAGUGAAAACAAACGUUAUUCCAGCCACACAUCUCUGGGGAAUGUUUCUAACGAUGAAAAUGAGGAAAAGGAAAAUAACAGAGCAUCCAAGCCCCACUCCACUCCUGCGACCCUGCAAUGGCUGGAGGAGAACUACGAGAUCGCAGAAGGGGUCUGCAUUCCCCGCAGCGCCCUCUACAUGCACUACCUAGAUUUCUGUGAGAAGAACGACACCCAACCUGUCAACGCUGCUAGCUUUGGGAAGAUCAUAAGGCAGCAGUUUCCUCAGUUAACCACCAGAAGACUCGGGACCCGAGGACAGUCCAAGUACCAUUACUAUGGCAUCGCGGUGAAGGAAAGUUCCCAAUAUUAUGAUGUGAUGUAUUCUAAGAAAGGAGCUGCCUGGGUGAGCGAGACGGGCAAAAAAGAAGUGAGCAAACAGACAGUGGCAUAUUCACCGCGGUCCAAACUCGGAACGUUGCUGCCAGAGUUUCCAAAUGUCAAAGACCUCAAUCUGCCAGCCAGCCUGCCUGAAGAGAAGGUUUCUACCUUUAUCAUGAUGUACAGAACUCACUGUCAGAGAAUACUGGACACUGUCAUCAGAGCCAACUUUGACGAGGUUCAAAGCUUUCUUCUGCACUUUUGGCAAGGCAUGCCGCCCCACAUGCUGCCCGUGCUGGGCUCCUCCACGGUGGUGAACAUCGUCGGCGUGUGCGACUCCAUCCUCUACAAAGCCAUCUCCGGGGUGCUGAUGCCCACCGUGCUGCAGGCACUACCUGACAGCUUAACUCAGGUGAUUCGAAAGUUUGCCAAGCAGUUGGAUGAGUGGCUAAAAGUGGCUCUCCACGACCUCCCAGAAAAUUUGCGAAACAUCAAGUUUGAACUGUCGAGAAGGUUUUCCCAAAUUCUGAGACGGCAAACAUCACUAAAUCAUCUCUGCCAGGCCUCUCGAACAGUGAUCCACAGUGCAGACAUCACAUUCCAAAUGCUGGAGGACUGGAGGAACGUGGACCUGAACAGCAUCACCAAGCAGACCCUUUAUACCAUGGAGGACUCUCGCGAUGAACAUCGGAAACUCAUCAUCCAGUUGUAUCAGGAGUUUGACCACCUUUUGGAAGAGCAGUCUCCCAUCGAGUCCUAUAUAGAGUGGCUGGAUACCAUGGUGGACCGUUGUGUUGUGAAGGUGGCUGCGAAGAGACCAGGGUCUCUGCGGAAAGUGGCCCAGCAGUUCCUUUUGAUGUGGUCCUGUUUUGGCACACGGGUGAUCCGGGACAUGACGUUGCAUAGUGCCCCCAGCUUCGGGUCUUUUCAUCUAAUUCACUUGAUGUUUGAUGACUACGUGCUCUACCUGUUAGAAUCUCUGCACUGUCAGGAGCGAGCCAAUGAGCUCAUGCGAGCCAUGAAGGGAGAAGGAAGCACGGCAGAAGUCCGAGAGGAGAUUAUUUUGACAGAGGCUGCCCCACCAACCCCUUCACCAGUGCCGUCAUUUUCUCCAGCAAAAUCUGCCACGUCUGUGGAAGUGCCACCUCCCUCCUCGCCUGUCAGCAACCCUUCCCCUGAAUACACUGGCCUCAGCACUACAGGAGCGAUGCAGUCAUACACGUGGUCUCUGACCUACACAGUGACGACGGCUGCUGGGUCCCCAGCUGAAAACCCCCAGCAGCUGCCCUGUAUGAGAAGUACCCACGGGCCUUCUUCCUCCGUCACACACAGAAUACCAGUUUACCCGCACAGAGAGGAGCACGGAUACACGGGAAGCUAUAACUAUGGGAGCUAUGGCAACCAGCAUCCUCCCCCGAUGCAGAGCCAGUAUCCGGCCCUCCCCCAUGAUGCAGCCAUCUCCGGGCCACUCCACUACUCCCCUUACCACAGGAGCUCUGCACAGUACCCUUUUAAUAGCCCCACUUCCCGGAUGGAACCUUGUUUGAUGAGCAGUACUCCCAGACUGCACCCUACGCCAGUCACUCCCCGAUGGCCAGAGGUGCCCACAGCCAACACGUGCUACGCGAGCCCGUCUGUGCAUUCCACGAGGUAUGGAAACUCUAGUGACAUGUACACACCCCUGACCACGCGCAGGAAUUCUGAGUACGAGCACAUGCAACACUUUCCCGGCUUUGCUUACAUCAACGGAGAGGCCUCCACAGGAUGGGCUAAGUGACUGCUAUCAUAGGAAUCCAUAUUUAAUAUUAAUAAUAAUAAUAAUUAAUAAUAAUAAUAAUAAGCCCAACUCCAAUCCCCCCCAGAAGAGUUUUUAUCUCUCUAUGUUGUAACUCAUGGGCUAUUGCUAGGUGUCCAUUUUUCUAAUGAAUGUGAGGAUGGGAUUCAAUGUGGGAUGAAUAAACUUUAGUUCAGAAACAGGACUUACUAAAAGUCAGUGGGAUUGGGUUCCUGUAGCCAAGCCAGACUUGACUGUUUCUUUACAGAGCACUAUCUCGGGCAGGCCAGUCGUGACUUUCCCCUCUGUUCCAUGGCUUUGCUUUGCACUGGCAACCACUCCCCGUAAGCUACUUAUUUUCCUGUUGACAAAAGCUCUUUAGUUUCGAAGGAUGGAUACCAGACAUGAAAUCUGGUUUGUGUUCUUGGAUGGGCUCAUAAUUUACCGAGAGCAUUCCCCUUGCCACCUGUCUGUCAUCUGACCGUACAAUGGACAGCCCUCAGACACGUCCCACCCAUCCCUUCUUCCUGGUGGUGUCAUCACCGCUUCCUGGAGCACCAGGUCUAAGGGGAGGUGUCUGGCAAGUCGAGAUUCCCUGUUACACUCACAUCCGCCACAGUACCUGCAUUGUCUUGGAAUGUAAGCACUGUCUUGAGGGAAGGAAGAGGCCUGUUCUGUAUUGCCUUAAGUUGAUUGAGGUUUGUAGGGGACGGGUUCUUCUACACACAAGGAUUUGUCCUAAGUUUGCACAAUGGCUAGCAUCAAAAGGCAGGAGAGGGUUUGUUUUUCUUUUAAGUUCUAUGAGAAUGUGGAUGCGUGGCGUAGAGUAGUACCUCACUCAGGCCUGCUGUGUUCACUUUGUGAAACUGGAUUGGACCAGACGUUGACUCACCAAGCACCAAGUGUGACAAGGACUUCCACGGUCCCUUCGUAAGACCAUAAUAAUUCCCGACACUUUGAUAGAGAAGAGAAUUCAGAGCUGUGCCUUUGAGCCUAUACUAUACUGUGUAUGUGUGGAAAUAAAAAUGUAUUGUACUUUUGGAAAAUGUUUUUCGUAGGCUUUUUUUUUUUUUCCUGUCAGAUUUGUAGCAAUUUGUGAGGUUUGUUAGAGAUUAACAUAGGUUUUCUUUCUGUAUCAUAAAAUGCACCAGGCAAUUAUGGUGGACCUAUUACCCUAUGGGUAAGAAAUAAAUGGAAAUAUGACAUCGGAUGUUUUAGCAACUGUUCUGUAAAUAAAAUCUUUGAUCACACCACUCAGUGUGAUAAUCAUGU